AUGCUUCCUCGCAACCUACUUCAACGCAUUCCAAAAAGCACGAGCUUGCAUUGGCAGAAUGCAGCUGCAAAUAGAAUGUCAUCGCUAAUAAGACAUGUCACACUGACAACGCGGGCUCCGCUAGCGACACGCCUUUACGUGUGCAGACGGACAUUGAGCACACCUGCCCCCAUGGUCAAUGUCAGUGAUCUAUCUAUAGGGCGGUAUCACACACUUGCCGACGCGACCAUGACAACUUUACUCGAACGGCUCGAGGAUUUGCUGGACACAGUAGGAAAUGGCGCGUAUGAAGUAGACUAUCAUAGCGGCGUCCUGACGCUCAACUUAGGCACCCAUGGGACAUACGUGAUCAAUAAGCAGCCGCCGAACAAGCAAAUAUGGCUGUCUUCCCCACUCAGUGGUCCCAAGCGCUAUGAUUACGUACCGGAAUCAGACGACUGGCGAUAUGUACGAGAUGGAAUGGGACUUGGCGAACUACUGGAUGGGGAGAUAACGGAUAUGCUCCAAACGAAAGUCUCCCUGCAUCUAGAGGGUGUGUCUGCGCAGAUACAGGAGUAGACUUGUUACGGAUGGUUGCAUAGAUUGCCAUUACGACCUCUUAAUUGCCUACACAUAACGGGUAGGACUUCCUCCACCUUCGCAGAUACAAAGCAAGAUCUAUUAUCAUCACUUCCGGAUACUUCCGUAGAUUGUCGGUGUGAUUCCGUUCAUUGCCCACACAUAACGGAUAUGAAUUGCUCCACCUUUUGCAGGCUGCGGUUUGAUUGCGAUGCAUAGUACAGUUUGUGAUGGUGGUGUAAAACCAAUGUGCCCAAGGAUGCUUAUAGAUGAAAGGAUGCGAACAUGCCAAAUAAAGUAGGAUGUGAGGACGAGCACGCGAUAGUAAUGAAGAAGAU